CUCAGUACAGAACUCAAGUAUACGUCAAAUUUAACCAACUUCUGUAAUGUUGUGUAUUAUGUUAUUGUUAUUUAUUAAGUUACAUUAGUAGAAGUAUGGUCGUCUUCUGUUUCUAAUCUAUGAUUAGAAUGAGUUAAAUUUUAUCUACAAACGUGUUGCAUUUUCACAAUGCAAAUUAAUAUCAUAUUAGCUAGAAGUGAAUCAAACUACAAGAAAAUACUUCAUGUUGAUAUAAUUUGUUGAGUAGAGACAACACUAUUUCAAGACAAAGUGAGGAUUGAAUAACUAACAAUAUGGAAGAAACCGCAAAAAAGAAAUACCUUAAGUGCAAAUAUCAGGUAAAAAAAUGGGAAAGUGAAUUCACAGAAACUAAUGGAUCCAAACCCUCCAAAGUUGAUAUAAAGAAUGCUCCAUCACACAUUAAAGCAGCGUACAAAACCUAUUGGAAGCUAAAAACUAUUUGUCUAGAGACAAGUCUUGUAGAUGUAUCCUUUGGGGAUGAGGAUACUAUGGAUGGCUUCUCUUUCCCGUUUAAAGAUAAUGGGCUAAACUAUUGUCAUCUUCUAGAAGAUUCUCUUUCUGUGAGUGAUAUACAAAUAGAAAAGGUAAGAGAGGAUAGAGCAACAAAACACGAAGAAAGCAAAAAUGAUGGGGUAGAAAAUAAUUCGGUGGACAAUACAACAAUUUUCAAAGAAAAACAUGCGAAUGAAAUUAAAGAGGAUAAAAAUCAAAGUUCUGUUUGGGGAGCUCAUUUGAGUAAUAUCAACAAAAAGUUUGAAGAGAAAACAAAACCUGAAAAAACUGCUGUUCUUUCUCGAUACACAGAAAAAUUGUUUGCAGGUGCAACUUUCAAGAAAAGGAACCCCAGAAAAUCAUUCAUUCGCAGGGAAAAAUCUCAUGAUAAUUCAGUAUCUCAAUUUGAAGAUUCACAAAACUCAAUUGUUGCAAAUUUGGAAGAAAGUGUGAUGCAUCCAGAUCCUUCUAAUACCUCAAACUUGGAUGAGAAAAAUAUCUCAGUAAUUAAUAACUUUGAUGACCUUGAUGAAGAUUCACAGAGCUUUGAUCUAAAUAAAUUUAAAAUCAUUAACACUUCUCAAACACAGAGCAAGUCCCAACCAGUAAGCCUCUUGCAGAGAACCUUAAUGUCAAACACUUCAACUAAACCGUUGGGUACACGAACUGUUGAUAAGGGCUGGUUGGAGCGUAUAGAUAAACUAUCUAGUAUUGAAAUUGGCAGUAAAGCUAACUCUAGUGACUCAGGAAUCGAGCUUACUGAUUCCAGUGUGGUGAGUGAUGAACCAAAGUCAUCUCCACCUUGUACCACUGACAAUGCUAGUGAAGAUGAAGAUAUUGUGUGUGACAGUGACUCUGAAGGUGACAGAUCUAAAUCAUUUAGUUCAUUUAGUACUAGCUUACCUAAAGUAAAUUCCUUUAGUAAAUUUCAGUCUUUAACUGCUAGCAAUAAAACUCAGACUUCAUCUAGUAAUGAUUUGAAAAGAGGUUGUUCAAGUGAAAGCUCUCUGAGAACAUUGCAAAAUGAACCCCAAAUCUCAAAAAGUAGUAAGAGGCCUUUUGACGAGGUUGGUGGUGAUGUGAUCGUCAGUGAAAGUAAAAAGACUAAAGUACGUUUAAGUGAUAGCCAAGCACCAGAGAGAACUAGGUACGAAUUUUCUUCAGAAAACAUACAACAUAUUGCUACAAACUAUACCCAACAGAACCAUACUGGCAUACCUGCAUCCAUAGCAAAGCAACUGGUAGAAAUACAGAACAAAACUCCUAAAACUAAAGAAAUGAAAGAGGAAGAAAUUUUGAAGAAAAAAGUUAGCUCUGGGAAAGCCAAUGAAAACUUUGUUAAGAUCAAUAUCAAAAAGAAAACAUAUGUCCGUGGUAAGAAAACUAUGACCUUUCAAAAGUACAAGAAGCAAAUGUGGAAAAAGAUUAAGGGUAACCAAAAUGCCACUACUAGUGGAGUUUACAAGUGCUUCAAGUGUGGAGAUAUCGGACACUUUUCCAAAAAUUGCAAUAAAGCUUGUGAUCAGUUACUGCCAGUAGAAGACCUAGAUGAAGAAGAAGAAAGUCCUUUCCCCUCUCUACAAGAGGCAGAAGAGAUGGCAAUGGAUGCGUCCAAAACCAUGUGUGUGAAACGGAAUCUGAAUGAUUUGCCCAUACAUGUGGCUAAAGACAACUUUGAUGUUGAAGACUUGGCCCUACCUCCUCCUCCAAUUGUCAAUGACGACAUCAUGAGAUUUGCUUGUCAAGAGCCUGUGUUUAAACCGAAUAAUGAUGGCUCUGUUAUUGACACCCCACUAUCAGUGCUGGAGGCUCUUAUGCAACUGGGAUUCGAGAAAUUCCGGCCAGGUCAAGAGAGAGCUGUGAUGCGAGUGUUGUCAGGUCAGAGCACGCUGGUCACCUUGUCCACAGGGUCAGGCAAGUCUCUCUGCUACCAGCUGCCAGCCUACCUCUAUCAUACUCUGCAGCACCGCAUCACUAUUGUCGUAUCACCAUUAGUUUCUCUUAUGGAAGACCAGGUUUACGGAGUGCCUGCCUGUCUGCGGAUCGCUUGUCUGCACAACAACCAGUUGCCCAAGGUGCGAGAUGCUGUAUACGAGCAACUCAGAGCCAACUCUCUGCACGCUCUGCUAGUGUCCCCAGAGGCCCUGGCAGUGGGUGACCGUGUGGGCGAGUUAAUGCGCUCUCUACCACCUGUCGCCUUCGCUUGUAUCGACGAGGCUCACUGCAUCUCCCAGUGGUCCCACAACUUUCGCCCAUCUUACCUCAUGAUCUGUCAGGUAUUAAGAGAGAAGUUUGGUGUUAGGACCAUCCUAGGUCUGACUGCAACUGCUUCCCGGGCGACUAUAGCCAGCAUCGCCUCUACUCUGGGACUGCCUGACGGGGUGGAGGGUGUGAUACGGGACACACCCAUGCCCGACAACCUGCGUUUAAGUGUAUCUCAAGACAAGCGCAAGGACACAGCACUCAUAGAACUGCUCAGCGGGAAGCGGUUCGACCAGUGUCGCUCUAUUAUAGUGUACUGCACGCGGCGAGAUGAAUGCCAGCGACUAGCAUCUUACAUUCGAACCUGUUUGCAGGAUGUGAACAAGGAGGAUGGUAAAACCAAACGAGGGAAGUUGUCAUGGAACGCAGAAGCUUACCAUGCAGGUCUAACUGCAGCCAGGAGGAAAGCUGUCCAAAAAUCUUUCAUGUCAGGAAAGACACGGAUUGUUGUAGCGACUGUUGCAUUUGGCAUGGGGAUCAACAAACAGGAUAUCGAUGGGAUAAUCCAUUACAACAUGCCAAGUUCCUUCGAAAGAUAUGUCCAAGAGGUGGGGAGAGCAGGGAGGAAUGGCCAGACUGCUCAUUGCCAUCUGUUUCUUAAUACUGAGGGAGAGGAUCUAAGUGAAUUGAGGCGACACAUCUAUGCAGACUCAGUUGAGCGUCACUCUAUACGGAAAUUGCUGCAACGAGUAUUUGUUGCAUGCUCAUGUGGUGAAAGCUGUCCUUCACAUGAGGUAGCGUUCUCUGUGGAUGAAACAGUAAAAGCACUCGACCUACCUGAGGAGAACAUCGCCACAUUACUGUGUUACCUGGAGCUUCACGCCAGACAAUGGGUGCGUGUCUGUUCUCGUGCCUACAUGCGUGCGCGUAUUCUCUCCUACAAGGGGCCCAAACCGAUUCGACUGGCAGUUAAAGAGUGCCCCCCUCUAGCAGUAGCUGUUGCCAUGGAGACACAGAAAGGAACACCUCUGGACAAAGUCAGUACACUGGAGUUUCCCAUCUUCCCUGUAGCAGCUGCCAUCAAGUGGGACAGCGGCAUCGUCAAGCGCCAGCUUAAGAACCUGGAGUGGACCAAAGGUACAAUCGUCACCUAGAAUAAAUCAAGUCAG